GCAUCUGUGGCGGAUUUGAGCUGCUAUUGAUAUUUGGAGAUACUAUACUACUAUACUGUUGACACUUUUCAUAUUCUGAGCAUCUUGCAGCACCAUUUGAGUUGCAACAAUAGUUUUUUACAUUAAUUGAUUACUUAUCUACUUAGUUUGCUUGUUUACUUAUUUACUUGUUUACUUAUUUAUUUCAUUAAUUAGAUCAAUCUGACCAUGACAGCCUCUGAAGAGACAAAGGUUGACAAUGUCGCUGAAAAACUAGAAAGCGUGAAGAUCAAAGACCAAGUCGAUGACAAAAAACAGGCCUCCAAACAGGCCAAGUCCAAAGGAAAUGCUAAUGCUAAUGCUAAUGCGAAGUCCAAGCCAAAACUCAAGGCAAAGGGAAACCAAAACCCAUUGUUUCUUGAUCCACAACCAGAGUUCAUCAAGUCAAGAAUUGAGUUGUUUGAGCAGUUGAAAGCCGAAUACGACAAGGAAGUGGCAUUGAAACCCAGGGUUGCAAUCCAGAUCACACUCAAGGACGGCAAGACCGUUGAGGGAGUCUCGUGGGAGACGUCGCCAUUGGAGAUUGCAAAUGGCAUUGGCAAGUCGUUUGGCGAGAAACAGUGCAUUUCCAGGGUGAAUGGCGAGCUAUGGGACUUGGAAAGGCCCCUAGAGACAGACAGUAAGGUGGAGUUCUUGGACUUUGAGAGUGAGGAUGGGAGAAAGGUGUUCCACCACUCGUCAGCACACAUUUUAGGAGAGAGCUGCGAGUUGAAUUUGGGGUGUCUUCUAUGCCAUGGGCCCCCAGUGUCUGAUGGGUUUUUCUAUGACUUUGCUGUGGAGGACAGUGUGACACCAGACAAUUUCAGUGCGAUUGAGAAUGUGGCCAAGGUUGCCGUCAAGCAGAAACAGAAGUUCGAGCGAUUGGUGGUGUCGAAGGAAAACCUAUUGAAGAUGUUUGAGUACUCGAAAUACAAGACGUACAUGAUCCAAACCAAGGUUGCUGACAACUCGUCGACCACAGUGUACCGCUGUGGGCCAUUGAUCGACUUGUGCAUGGGGCCCCAUUUGACCAACACCGGGAAGGUGAAGAGCUUCAAGAUAUUGAAGAACUCGUCGUCGUACUUUUUGGCAGACAGCAACAACGACUCGUUGCAGAGAAUCUAUGGUAUUUCGUUUCCGGACAAAAAGCAGAUGACCGAGCACUUGAAGUUUCUUGCUGAGGCAGCUUCGCGAGACCACCGCAAGAUUGGGCGGGAGCAGGAAUUGUUUUUGUUCAAUGAAAUGUCGCCUGGGUCGUGUUUCUGGUUGCCCCAUGGGGCCAGAAUCUACAAUUCGCUAGUUGAGUUGCUAAGGUCGCAGUACAAGAAGAGAGGGUAUGAAGAAGUGAUCACGCCCAACAUGUUUAACUCCAAGUUGUGGGAGAUUUCGGGGCACUGGGGCAACUACAAGGAAAACAUGUUCACGUUUGAUGUGGAAAAGGAGCACUUUGGAUUGAAGCCCAUGAACUGUCCUGGGCACUGCAUCAUGUUCAAGUCCAGAGAGAGGUCAUACCGGGAGCUUCCCUGGAGAGUCGCUGAUUUUGGGGUGAUCCACCGAAAUGAGUUUUCUGGAGCAUUGAGUGGGUUGACGAGGGUGAGACGAUUCCAGCAGGACGACGCCCACAUCUUCUGCACCGAGGAGCAAAUUGGCAGCGAAAUAUCGAACAUCUUUGAAUUUUUGAAGUAUGUGUACGGGAUCUUUGGGUUUGAGUUCAAGAUGGAGUUGUCGACAAGACCUGAGAAGUAUGUUGGUGAGAUCGAAACAUGGAACAGUGCUGAGGCCAAGUUGGCAGAGUCACUCGAUGCCUGGGGAGGUAAGUGGGAACUCAACGAGGGAGAUGGAGCAUUCUACGGGCCCAAGAUCGACAUCAUGAUCUCAGAUGCAUUGCGAAGAUGGCACCAGUGUGCAACUAUCCAGUUGGACUUCCAGUUGCCCAACCGAUUUGGGUUGGAGUACAACUCUGAGGACUCGAACAAGGUGUCCAGGCCUGUUAUGAUUCACAGGGCCAUCUACGGGUCCAUUGAGAGAAUGACAGCCAUUUUGACGGAGCACUAUGCUGGCAAGUGGCCCUUCUGGUUGUCGCCCAGACAGAUAUUGGUUGUUCCUGUGGGAGUGAAGUACUUUGAGUAUGCGCAGCAAGUGCAAGAGCAGUUGAAGAGCGAGCAUGGGUUCUGGGCCGACGUUGAUGUGUCAGGCAAUACGUUGCAGAAGAAGAUUCGAACUGGGCAGAUGCAACGAUACAACUUCAUCUUCAUUGUGGGUGAGCAGGAGAUGGAGUCCAAGUCAGUGAACAUCCGAAACCGCGACAUCCAAGAUUUGCAGACCAAGAACGAGAUGGUGUUGUUGGCAGAUGUGAUUCCCAAGUUGGUGAAGCUCAAGGAGGACAAGAGAGAUGACAACAUAUUAUAAAGCGAUGAAGCCAUAGAGUAUGGAGUUUAACAGACAUUAAUUUAAAGAAUUUGAAGAAUUUAAAGAAUUUAAAGAUUUGUGUUGUUUGUUUUGCAUUUGUAUAUGCUUGUUUUAUACUUGUUUUAUGUUUAAUCAAUUCUCAAUUCUCAAUUCCCAAUUUCAGUUACCAAAUCUCGAUUCAAGAUUUAAUUCAAUAACCAAAAUUAUUUGCAACAGAACUGUUGUUUGUAUUGUUUGUAUUGUUUGUGUUGUUUGUAUUGUUUGUGUUGUUUGUGUUGUUUGUGUUGUUUGUGUUGUUUGUUUUGUUUGUGAUUUCCGUUUUUAAUUCAUAGUUCAGUCGACAUUAAGAUCAUGAUUUUGUCAUCUAGUAUAGUAUUAUAUAUAUGAUCAACAAUACCAUUGCAUCAUUGUCAUUCAGAUUUGUAUCGUAAA